AUGGCCAUGUACUGCUCGCGUGAGUGUCAGAAGAAGGACUGGCCAGGGCACAAACUAUCAUGCAAAGAAGCGACCUCACCGAUCCCGCGGCUCCUGUCUGGCUUAAUGGCAAACCCAGUGCUUAUUCUUGACCUCCAUACGGCCCUCGCGAUCAUGUUCAACAUCGCGACUAUCCCGGCCAAUCCCCCUCCCCCAUUCCGUCCAGAGGACAAAGUCGACCAAAAGGCCGAGGCUAAGGCCUUCGCCCUCGCGCUCAAAGACGCACGACCGAACCCAGGAAACUGGGAUGAGGUGCCCUUCAUCGCACAGUGCACGGUGGACCUCGAGCCCUGUGACUAUAACGAUGUGAGUAGGGUGCUCUCCGGCGAGGUGACCGAUGUGCAGUGCGCGACCAUCGAAGGGAGGUUGCAUCUCAGGGAUUUGUGCCCAUCUGAGUUCUCUGCGCCUCCGAUCCCCAUUGCAUCGGUAUCGCGCCCGCGAUCCGAGGAGUAG